UAAUCUGCGCGGACGCGGACGCCGGAUCCCGGGGACUCCCCGCGCUGGGAAUCUCCCGCCAGCUGCGCGCUGCGUCCUGGCGACGGCAGGAGCACGUGGAGUGGCGGGGUAGCAAGAGCGGCAGCUCCAGCCCAGCCCAGCCCCGCGGCGAGAUGGAAGAUAUAAAACCAAAUGCAGAACUGAAAAGCACUCAGGAGCAGUCUGUGCCCACAGAAGAUCCAGCAAUUUUGAAUGACUACAAUUUAACCAAACCUCAUGAAACAGAAAAUGUGGACAGCGCAGAAUGCCCAACCAAUGAAGAUGAAGAUACAGGAGAUGAUUCAAUGAAAGUAAAAGAUGAAUAUAGUGAAAGAGAUGAGAAUGUUUUGAAGCCAGAGCCCAUGGGAAAUGCAGAAGAGCCUGAAAUUCCUUACAGCUAUUCAAGAGAAUAUAAUGAAUAUGAAAACAUUAAAUUGGAGAGACAUGUUGUCUCAUAUGAUGGUAGCAGGCCAACCAGUGGCAAGAUGAACUGCGAUGUGUGUGGAUUAUCCUGCAUUAGCUUCAAUGUCUUAAUGGUUCAUAAGCGGAGCCAUACUGGUGAACGCCCAUUCCAGUGUAAUCAGUGUGGGGCAUCUUUUACUCAGAAAGGUAACCUCCUCCGCCACAUUAAACUGCACACAGGGGAAAAACCUUUUAAGUGUCACCUCUGCAACUACGCAUGCCAGAGAAGAGAUGCACUCACAGGUCAUCUUAGAACACAUUCUGUUGAGAAACCCUAUAAAUGUGAGUUUUGUGGAAGGAGUUACAAACAGAGAAGUUCCCUCGAAGAGCACAAGGAGCGCUGCCGUACAUUUCUUCAGAGCACAGACCUGGGUGAGACUGCAAGUGCCGAAGCAAGACACUUCAAAGCAGAGAUGGGAAGUGAAAGAGCUCUCGUUCUGGACAGAUUAGCAAGCAAUGUGGCAAAACGGAAAAGCUCAAUGCCUCAGAAAUUCAUUGGUGAGAAGCGCCACUGCUUUGAUGUCAGUUAUAAUCCCAGCUAUAUGUACGAGAAGGAGAAUGAGCUAAUACAGAACCGAAUGAUGGACCAAGCCAUCAAUAAUGCCAUCAGCUAUCUUGGUGCUGAGGCCCUGCGCCCCUUAGUACAGACACCACCUGCCCCCACCUCAGAGAUGGUUCCAGUUAUCAGCAGCAUGUACCCCAUAGCCCUCACCCGUGCUGAGAUGCCGAAUGGUGUCCCCCAGGACCUGGAAAAGAAGACCAUCCACAUGCCAGAGAAGAACCUCCCUUCUGAAAGAGGCCUCUCCCCCAACAAUAGUGGCCAUGACUCCACGGACACUGACAGCAACCAUGAAGAACGCCAGAAUCAUAUCUACCAGCAAAAUCACAUGGUCCCUCCUCGGGUCCGCAAUGGAAUGCCUCUUCUGAAGGAGGUCCCCCGCUCUUAUGAACUCUUCAAGCCCCCACCCAUCUGCCCACGAGACUCCAUCAAAGUGAUCAACAAAGAAGGGGAGAUUAUGGAUGUGUAUCGGUGUGACCACUGUCGAGUCCUCUUUCUGGAUUAUGUGAUGUUCACUAUUCACAUGGGCUGCCACGGCUUUCGUGACCCUUUUGAGUGUAACAUGUGUGGGUAUCGAAGCCACGAUCGAUAUGAGUUCUCAUCUCACAUAGCCAGAGGAGAACACAGAGCCACAUUGAAGUGAACAUCUGGUCCCAGAGAUGAUUUGCGCCUGAGCAUUCAACAUCAUUUUUAAAAACUGAUACCCCACUUAACAAAUCACCCUCAAAACAAACUCAGAUCCAAAUUCCUUCCCAUACUAUUUUUAGUGUCUAAAGGGCCAUGUUCAUAUGGGCAACAGAGAAACGCUAUCUCCAUUCAAAAGUUGUUUGCAGAUGUGUUACUACUUUUGUGACACCUUGUUUUCCUGUGAGGGACUCGAUUUUUAUAUUUAAAAGCCAAUGAAGUAUUUGGUCAUCAUCUUUUGCAUCAAUAGAACAGGCAUUCCUUGGAGUUUGUUGCCAGUCUAAAGAGUGUCCCAGUUGUGCUACACGAGACAUUCUUUCUCAGAUACAUCAGCCUUACGUUCAAAAGUCUUUUGGUCAUAAGCCAGGUCCACAGAAAAGAAAAACUGACCAGCUGACCUUGUUGGGAAGACUUGCCCUUCUGCACUUGACACAAGGCUGAAGGUUAGGAUAUAAUCUCAUCCUAAUUAGAAUCUAAUAGUAAGGAAAAGAAUAGCCAUAAAAUAAGUGUCUGUUACCAAUGACUGAAGACCCAGUCACGGAGCAUCAGAUUCAUUCUCAUCAUCUAAGCAAAAACAAAACAACAACCAAAAAAAACCAACUCAUCUGAUGAUACUUCUGCUUCUACUGUUUACCCUCCCAUCUCCAAUUAAAAGCUGCUUUGGGUUAAACCAGUCAUCUAGGAGAAAUUCUACACCAGAACGACUCAUGGUUUUAAAUAUAGACCAUCAUCAAAACUCCAGGAAGUUGUCCACUGUGGGCGAUGGCAUCCAUUUCCUGUGAUCAAGAUUGGCAGAGCUGAGUUCUGAGGGGAAGAUGGUUUAGCAGCACCACCAGGGGAGAAAAAAAAACACCUACCUGAAAGUUCUUGGUCUCCUUCCUGGCGUAUUAGUAUAGAGCUCAAAGCAAACUUGCAAACAAUUUUUUGACCAAAAAAAUACCAAAGAAUCCAAAAAGUAUGACUUAGUCUUCCCCACCCCACAAGAGAGGACUCAGGGAUAGAGGUCAAGAAUGUUGUUUAGAUCAGAGCUGAGCUUCGCAAUGGGAUGAGGAGGGGAGCAGCUCUGCUGGAAGGUUCUUCUUCAUCAGGCAGGUUGGGUUCCCCCUACUCUCAUUUUAAAUGGAGCUGCAGUAUCCCACAAAGAUUCCUGAAAGUCUGAUCUUAGUUCUGCAGAUGUAUUGGUCAUCUCUAUCCUUAAUUAUGGGAGGCAUCCUAUCAAGGAAAAGUGCUGCAAUAGUUGUAAAAUUAGCACUGGAAUAGGAGUCACAAAAUCUGUUUGCUAAUUCCACAUUUGCCCCAAAUUAGCUGUAUGACUUUGGGUAAAUCAUUUAACUCUUGAAACUAAAUUUCCUCAACUGUUGAAUAAGAGUUGGAUUUAGAUGUUCUCUAAGGUCUCUUCCAGCUUUAAAUUUAUAUAAUUAUGCAGUAACCAGUUAUUUUUUAAAGCUCUUAAUGUAUAGGUACUGGAAACCCACGGAUAUUUGAAAAAGUAAGCAUUUAUGCAGCAUUAAGUAUUAAGCAGAAGAGUCUGUAUAUGAAUUCUGUUUCACAUAUCUUUGGUGUGAAAAUGGUAGUGUUAAGUUUUUCCUUUAACCACUGAGUUGUGAAUGUGAAGAGGGUGGUGGGGAGGAACAAAAAACAGGAAGGUAUUUUGAUCUUGCCCCAAAGUGUACACACAAACUGGCACCUGCAGCUGCUUGCCAAAGACUUUUUAUUUUUUUUAUUUUUUUUUACCUUUUUAGGGACUUGUGUUAGGGAAAAUAAAUUCUGCUUCCAGGGACAACUUCAUGGAGCCUAUUUACAAAUUAAGAGUCAGCUUUGUGAACAUUUCUUCCAGAGCCAAGAAUCCCCAAUUCCUGGUAGAUUAGCGUUUUAUGUAUCUGCCUUGAUAUUUCGAAAGGGCUUAUGCAUCAGGCUCAAACACAACUUGUUAUAUGUGCUGCCAGUAAUUAAAAUGUUCCACCUCAGACUGCACAAAUGGCUUAUCCCUCUUUGUAGCAUGGCGUCUGUCUCAGGAAAAAAGAUUUUGUGAAAUUCCAUGGCAACAGUCCCAACAUGUUGGAGAUUUCAGCUAAAAGACAAGAUAUAUUUCGGUGUGUAGUCUUCAGUAUAUCACUGUAUUUCUGUAAUCCUAGACUCCAAGCUGCUUGGAGCUGCCAUGUUGCUUAUACCCAUUGUGAAAGAGAAGCUACUUAUUAUAUUCUUGAAAUGUCACACAUCCUGUUGACUCUUCAGGGAACAAAAGAAGAGAAAUUAGAAGGAUUAGUAGAAAAGAAAGCUAGGGAAAGGGAGCGUUUCCGCCAGAUUAAUGGGAAACUCUUCGCUGAAGACACCAACUUUUGCACCUUGAGAUAGUGAAACUAAGGCCCAUCCCACCCACCCAGGGACACUUUUUGUAAAUAUGACCCUCAUUUUCCCUGUGACUAAUGGGUUUUCUGAAUGAUUUCCAAAGGCUGUACUUUCAUUGUAGCAUUCUGAAUCUAGACGGAGGCAUAUCAAGUCCAGAGAAAAUUUGUAUGUGGAAGCAUUCUUAAAUCUUACAGUUGAACUAAGUGGUAUGUAGUGGUUACCACCACACAGGUCAACACUUUCUUCUAUAGGCACCCCUUAUACUAAUUAAUGACCCCCACCUUCCCUCCUACCCGCUAAGGGUGGGUGAAGACAGUGAAGAAGAAUCUUAGCAAGAUGCUGAGAGAAAAAGGUGGCCGGACUCACAGCUGAAGUCCCACAGCAGCUUCAGACAGCACGUUUGCCUUCUCAGCCAGAGUCCCCCUGAACAGGAGGCGCGCUGGUCUCUCCUUCAUUGUUGGGCCUCCCGCCUCACCCUCAGGAAGCCACAAUCUGAGAAACAGCCUGCCCCUAUGAGAAAUUCCCUUGCCGCCAAGGUGACACAAUUGGGGUGAGGAUGGAAAAGAAAGAGAACUGGUUCUCCAGAUUUCCUUUAUCACUGAAGUGCUGCAAAGGUAUUUCCUCCUGGCAGAGAACUAAAUAGAAGUGUUCCCCCAUUACCCUCCACCGCCAUCACCAGAGGAAAAAAAAGAUAAUAAAUCUAGCAGUCUUUAGAUUCUUUACUUAAGUCACUCUCCCAAAAAGACAUUUGCCUUGAUACAGAUAAGCUAGCUAAUCUUGUGCUUUGUUACCUCUGAGCUGUUCCUGACUCAGCUUCUGAUUUUGUCAGUGACAAAAUUUCUCGCCUUUUAAAUGCAGCACUGAACAUUUUGCUAGGCCCAUACUCACAGUGGCCCAGAUAUAAAAUGACCUCAGAUUUCUUUUGCAGAAAGAAACGUUUAAGAACACAAAAUUUUACUUGGUUGAAACACUGUGUUAACAAAGCUCACAUUAACAUAAAGUUUUCCCAAGUAGAAUAUUUUAAGGGGAAAAGAAGUACUUCCGACAUAUUUCUCAGGGCAGGCAAGAAGACCGUAAUGGAAAUGUUAACUGUCCAAAGUCCUGGCUUUAACGUGUACCCUGCUGAGAGCAGGUCUGCCGGUCUGAUCUCCGGUGGAGAUCUGGACACUCGGGAACACCCAAGAUUUGAGCCCUCAGAGAUAUCUAAGCUUUUCUCAGACUCAGAAUUAGGACUUGUGAGCUCAAGAAGGGGAAAGGAAGCAGAAUGAUGAAAAUUUUGUCCUAGAAAAUAGCAUCAAGCUGUAGAGAAGAAAAUAAGAGGUAUACAGUGGUAUUUCUUUUCUUUUCAAGAGUUGGGAACUAAUUUUGUGCUCAGGAUUACAGUUCAGAGACCCUCUGCAGGCAGUUCAGAAAGAGCAAAAUGACUGGUGAUGUAAGUGCCUGUAAAGAGAACAACUUUUGACCUGAAACCAAAGGCUAGACCUGGGCCACCCUAGCCAAAGGACUCUGUUCUCUAAGGCUAAAAGGACUGAACAGUUCUGAGAAUUAUGAGUGAACCCAAAGCUGGGGACUGCCGCCUCUGAGGACUGUGGACUCAAGGUGUAGGCUUUGAAUCUGUGUGAGCUCACAGCAAAAGACUGUACCUCUGUUUACCCAAACUGUAUAUACUCUGUACCCCAACAUGCCACCGGUACGAUAAACAGAUCUUUGUACUUUGAAGAAGUUGAAAGCAAGUUUCCUCUAAAUAUUAAAAUAGUGGACUGUCUUAUACAUUGAUAUUAUUUGAAACUGGAAUGUUAAUAUUUUGAUUAAAAAAUGUAAGGUCAUAACAAUAUCUACCUCUCAAGGAUGUUGUGAGGUUUUAUGUAAUUGUCUAUAGAGUAAUGUUACUUUUUUUUAAGGGGCAGGGGGAUUAUGUUGGAUAAUUGCAAACUUUCCACUAUAUGUACUGUAUCUGGAUUUAAAGACAUGGAAAAUAUUCAAAAACCAUACUAGGACCAUAAUAGUAAUUCAGUUGCCAAUGGAGGCAACUGAUAUCUAACACGGUUUCCUUCACGUUUUAAUGCAUCAGAGUAAAGAAUAGCAGCCAUCUUGGCGGCUGCUCUUGGUUGGGGGCCAUCCUGCACCUAAGGCAGGAAGGCGGUGGCUGCAAAGAGGAUGAAAAAGUCCCUGGAGUCCAUCAACUCUAGGCUCCGACUUGUUAAGAAAAGU